AAGUAGACAAAGAGACAAAAAUUAUAAUGCAUUGUGUUAUUAACAAACAACGAUGUAUAAUAUAGAACUAAUAUCACAUUAAAUUCUCAAUUACAUUUUUCAGAACAUUUCCACGCUUACAGUGUUUCGCGUGUCGUUCUCAAUUUUCGUGACAACAAGUUCGUGUUUCAAGACGUACCACACCUAAUGCCAUUAAGGGAAAUUAAACUAUCAAACAAAAAAGAUAGGCGGUGGAAAAAAAGGUAAGCAGUAAAAAAAAAAAAGAAAGGAAAGAUAAAAUAAUGAAUAUGAUAACGAGAGAAACUUUAAAUACAGUUUGCAAAACGUUUCCACGGUUACAGUGUUUCGCAUGUAUUUUUCCAGUUUUCUUAACAACAAAAAUUAAAUUUCAAGACUUAAUAUUUCCAAUCCGAUUAAAGAAAUUUUAUUUGAAAAAAAUAAACUAAUAAUAAGUAAAAAAAAAAAAAAAACAGAGAUUUUAUAGUUCAUAGAAUACAUCGUUUUAUUAACAAACAAUGAUGUAUAAUAUAAAAUUAAUAACACAUGAACUUUUUAAUUACGUUUUUCGAGAAACGUUUCCACGGUUACAGUGUUUCGCAUGUAUUUCCCCAGUUAUCGUGACGACAAGUUCGUGUUUCAAGACUUAACACUCCUAAUGCGAUUAAGGAAAUGAAACUUUCAAAAAAGAAGGAUAAAUAAAUAAAUAAAGAAAGAAAGAAAGAAAGAAAGAAAGAGUUAUGGAUGUGGCAGUGAUAGAAGUAACGAGAUCAAGAAGCUGAUCAGUGAACGCGUCCGGAAAGUAUUAAGCGUUAACGCAAGCGUCAUGAAGCCGCUUUGAGCCGCUUUCAAUUACAAAGCCGCACACACAUCCGAUCGAGUUUUAUUAAAGCGUCGGCGUUCUCCUCGGCGGCCGCUACCAGUCGCCACCAACGCACACCAUGUAUUACAACAAGUACGGGAACGUGAUAAUAUUGGUCAUGCGGCAUUUACCCGCGUUUCUCCUGUCGACAUUGACUUCCUCUUUCUGUUCCUCCACCACUAUUUCUCCUCCAUAUCCACCUUCUCCUUCUCUUUCUUCUUCUUCUUUUUCUUUUUCUUCUUCUUCUCCUUCUUCCCCAUUAUUCUUACCUUUUACAACUAACUUCAAGUAGAUAUAGAAAUACUCAUUUCCAUCCUCGAAUCAAAAAUAUUUCAAAGAAAAGGCAGGAGAAUCGUAAAAGGCGAACGUGCUGACACAACACGGCACACACAUAUUGUCGACAACAUUGUGAAAGAAACAAAGUGGGGUGAACUGUAGGAGAGAGAGAAAGAGAGUGAGUGAGUGAGUGAGUGAGUAAGUGUGUGAGUGAAAGAGUAAGAGAGGGGACUAUAUGAGGAUAACGGUGGGGUAGAGGAAGAAAGAAAUAUACGAGUGUCACGUUCCCGAUCAUAACGGUGUUUCCGCCUUCGAAUCCGUAUUUUCUUGCCCGUAUUUAAACUAAUCGUACGGCCAUUUACACUGUGUUACAAUUGUCAACGAGACCUUGCAACUAAAAUAAUGCCACGAUGUCAAAUUGCAAUAGAAAUACACAUGCGCAGAGAUCUUCGGUGAUAGACUAUGAGCGUCAAUUUCAAGAAGAUUUGGAACGUGCUCAAGCAUUGAGCUUAGAAAGUUUAGCUUUAGAAAAAUUUAGGUUACAAAAGCAACGAUUGGAGUAUAGUAAUAUACAACAGUCUUAUCCGUCACAAAAUAAUUCACAUGAUAUAAGUAGUGGAUCAACAACGACAGAUGGUGCUUUGCAAGGUGGCAUGUUACAAUUUAGAAGUCGUCCACGUCCUGGAUCUUUUAAUAAAAAUCAAUCAAAAAAUGUCACGCUGUUGGCUCCACCGCCACCAAUCCCUUGUAGAAGAAAUUCGACAACUGCUACAUCGAGCCAAGAAACGUCCACCGAUUUAAUUAAUUUUACAAGCCCGGUCAAGCAGGAUAACUUAUCAGAAUAUUGUACACCACCUCCUCCACCUCCAAAAACACUGGUAGAACCAAAAUGGGAGACUCAUCCUGCUUUAUUAAAAAAGCAGGCAAGGAUUUCAAGAAGUAAUAGUUCAGCAGGAUCUUAUCAAUCUCGAGAUUUUAGAUAUCAUUCACUUUCACCUGGGCCUAGAUCUUCUACUGCACCUUGCACACCUGGAACGCCAGGAAUCAGUCCUAUCUUGUCAAGAGCCACUAGUAGCAAUAGCAAUGUACCUGAUAUUACACCACAGUCUGCAUGGAAUUUCCUUUCUUUUAGAAAUUAUUUCUUUCAACAGAUUCCUCCCUUGCCUUUGAAUUACAGACCUGGCAUUGCAACACCAGCCUCCUGUAAUGUGUUAGUACCUAAAUUUUGUGCAGAUGAACAAUUAAAUGUAUUGAAAGUGAUAGAAAAAAAACCAAAUAGUAAUCUUAUAGAUUUGAAUACAUGCGAAGAAGUAGAGGAUAAAACAAAUGUUAGAGUCAGUGUUUUAGAAGCAUUUGAUCCUUUACUUGUUAAGACUGAUGAUAGCAGCGAAUGUUCGAGUGACAUUAAGGAUGAUAUGCAAUCACAAAUUAGUGGAACUGUAUAUGAUCCUUUUGAUCCUUUCGAUUACAUGUAUAGCACAAAUGAGAGCGUAAACUCAGAUCCUGUAUAUGUAGCGGUAGAAAAGUCAGGUAAAUCUCCAGCUAUUUCUCCAGCUGCACCUCCACCACUGCCACCUAGAAAUUCAUCUGCAUGGAAUACUAUUGAAAGAAGAAGAACUUCCUUGGAUCGUCGUCAAAAAAAGAAAUCACGUUUAUAUGAAAAUGUAACGGUGAUAAAAACUAGACCAUCUAGUAACGAUGGCGAUUUGAGCGCCUUUCAUCAAAUGGUUAAAUCAGUGCGAAGUGAAUUUCCAUUUAACAAUCCUAGUACAAAUAUCGGUCAUGUAAUAAGUCCAACAAUGGAAAACUUAUAUCCCGAAGGCACAAGUAUUAAGUUAGUUGUGCAUCCACAAUUAUCAGAUAACGAGAAAGAUUCUAUUCCGUCCAUUUCAUUUACUUGUAACGUAAACUGUAGCGUCGAACAUGUUAUUCUAAAUGUUGCUUGUUCUUUGGAUAAUGAAGAUACAGUAAACGUAGAAAAAUAUUGUUUAAGAGUUUGGGGCUUAGCAGAAUAUUUAGCUCCCAAUACAAUAUUAGCACAAUACGAAUAUAUUCAUCAGUGUAUUAAGUUGGAAAAAGACAUUGAAUUAGCUAUCAUGACAAGAGCACAAAUAAAAAAAUCUAUAGCUCGCACACUUCAAGAUGAUAAUCAGGAUCAAUGUCUUAAAUUAGAAGAUAUACUUCCUAACGAACCAUUACAACCAAUUUCUUAUGAUUCAUUGCUUAUUCUAUUGGAAACAGUAGAAAAAGAAAUGGAACGAGUAGAAAAUACUGCAAUGGAGUUAGUGACAACAAAUCACGGUUCUGCUCUUUUACCUCAGCUCAAACCACAAGGUGUCGUUCAAGCUGUGAAAGCAGUCUGCGCAUUGAUGGGAAAUAUUGAAACUUUUGAAAUCACAGAAGCAGUAGAUAAUUUUGUGAACGCUUGCUGCCAAUUUUUGCCUCAAGUUCAUACUACGAACAUAGAGUGCAAGAAACCUGAAAUAGUGCAUGAAGAUGGAGAUUAUUCGGUUGUAACGUUAAGAACGAAGUUUCCUGAUGUUAUCACUUCCCAUUGUCAUAAAAUUCGUGAUGCGAUUCAAGAUCUCGUAGAAACUUAUUGUCACGCUUUUAGAGUCGAUUUUCAGUUGAACAGUAGAGGAGAAAAUUCUGCAAACAGGGUAGUAUCUUCAGAAGUUAUAGACACUGUGCUUGUACGAGUUGGAUCAUUACACAGAUUACCAGGACAUUGGAAGCAUAACGAUUACAUUAUUGCAGCUCAAAUAUUUCACGGUACAAGACCCGUUGGUAAUCCCGUUUUAUCAGAACCCACAACAAUAAGCUUGAGUUUUUAUUCCAGAAUUUUAUUUAAUUCUUGGUUGGAAUUCCGUGGGACUAGUGUAUGCCAAGUUCCGAGAGAAGCCAGGUUAGUAUUAGUUCUUUAUGGGCGUACGUUACAACCUACUGAACACGAAUCAUCAAAUUCCGUAUCAGAAGGUGCUAUGAGAAAAGAAGAACUUGGUUGGGCUGCUAUACAAUUCUUUAAUUAUGACGGUAUUAUAAGUCAAGGAAGUUAUUUUUUAUCUCUUUGGCCUGCUAUUGCUGAUAAAAGAUUAGGUCCUGCACCAGCACCCGGAACUCAUCCUCAUGGUGAUACGCAUCCUAUUAUAGGAAUAGAAUUACCAGAUUAUGGCGGAAAUGUCUUUUUUCCAACAGAAUUAAGAGAUCAUGAUGUUAAAUCAUUAGAUUUUAAUUCGUUGGACCAAAAUACGCAAGAAUUGUUAUUGGAUAUUACACAGCAAGAUACAUUUUCAAGGCCUCCUGUAGAUGAAAGAGAAAUAUUAUGGGAAAAAAGACAUUAUUUACAUGAUAAACCGGAAGCUUUACCUAAAGUAUUAUUAGCUGCGCAUAGUUGGGAUUGGGCAUGUUUGCCAGAUUUGCAUGCAUCUCUUAGAGUUUGGAGUUCUUUACCACCUGUACAAGCUUUACAACUACUUCUGCCAUGUUUUCCAGAUAUGAAAGUUCGAGAAAUGGCUGUUGGAUGGAUCAAAGAAUUAAGUAACGAUGAACUAGUUGAUUACUUACCGCAAUUGCUUCAAGCAUUGAAACAUGAAACAUAUGAAGCUUCUCCUUUAGCUAAAUUUUUAUUGGAACGAGCUUUGAUAUCACCGAGAGUAGCUCAUCAUAUUUAUUGGCUAUUAACGCAAGCAUUACCAGGACAAAGUCCUCAGAAUUCUGCAGAAAUUGUACCAGAAGAUGAGAAAGGUAUCAGUUCUGCAAGAUAUCAUAGGAGAUUACAAUUAAUGUUGCGAGCUUUGCUAGCAGUUAUAGGGGAUGCGUUAAGAAAUAGUUUUCUUACUCAACAAUUAUUAGUUAAGAAUUUGAAUGAGGUGGCAGAAAAUAUUAAAACUAUUAAAGAGUCGUUACGAAUGGAUACACUCAAAGUUGGUUUACAAAAUAUACAUUGUCAAUUAAUGGAAGAUAAUGGUACAUGUUUACCAUUGUCUCCUAGUAAACAAGUUUAUGGUAUAAAUGUACAAAUUUGCUCAUAUUUCCCAUCUUUUACACUUCCAUUGAAGAUUAACUUUAUUAGCUGUGAUAAUGUACUAAGUCCUGCAAUCUUUAAGGUUGGUGAUGAUUUACAGCAAGAUAUGUUGACCUUACAAAUGAUGCGCAUUAUGGAUAAAUUGUGGUUAAAGGAAGGUCUUGAUUUAAAAAUGGUUACUUUUGCUUGCGUACCCACUGGCCACAAACGCGGAAUGAUAGAAAUGGUCACAAAUGCAGAAACGCUUAGAAAAAUUCAAGUUGAAUUUGGUUUGACCGGAUCUUUUAAAGAUCGACCUAUCGCGGAAUGGCUAGCAAAGCAUAAUCCUUCUGAAUUAGAAUACGAAAGAGCGGUAGAAAAUUUUACUGCCUCGUGUGCUGGUUAUAGCGUUGCUACUUACAUUUUAGGAAUUUGUGAUAGGCAUAAUGAUAAUAUUAUGUUAAAAACAUCUGGUCAUCUAUUUCAUAUAGAUUUUGGAAAAUUUCUUGGAGAUGCUCAAAUGUUUGGAAAUUUCAAAAGAGAUCGAACACCAUUUGUUCUAACUUCUGAUAUGGCUUAUGUUAUAAAUGGUGGAGACAAGCCAUCUGCUAAAUUUCAUCAUUUUGUUGAUCUAUGUUGCCAAGCAUUUAAUGUUGUACGUAAACAUGGCAAUCUUAUCCUUCAUCUUUUUGGAUUAAUGACUUCAUCUGGCAUCUCUGGUGUUACAAUGGAUGCUGUUAGUUAUGUGCAAAAAGCAUUGCUUCCUGGACAAACUAAUCCUGAAGCAGCAGCAACAUUUGCACGGAUGAUAGAAAGCUCACUUAAGAAUUGGUUUACGCAGUUUAAUUUCUUUUUACAUAAUUUAGCGCAAUUAAGAUUUUCUGGCGAUCAUAAUGAUGGAGCGUUAUUAUCUUUUAUUCCACGUACAUAUACGAUGCAGCAGGAAGGCCAAUUGAAAAGCGUACAAGUACAUGGAUAUCAGAAACGAUAUGAUCCAGAAAAAUAUUAUAUGUAUAUUUUACGUAUACAAAGAAAGGGACAAGCAGAUCCUACAUAUCUUUUUCGCUCUUAUAAAGAGUUUUGUGAAUUUUAUCAAAAAUUAUGUAUACACUUUCCACUAGCUAAAGUAGCCAGUUUACCAAGCGGUAGAAGUGUUGGUCGAUCGAACAUAAAACAAGUUGCGGAUAAAAGACGAGCAGAUAUAGAAAAGUUUCUUUUGAGUUUAUUCAAGAUGGCUCCAGAAAUAUCACAAAGUGAUUUGGUUUAUACAUUUUUCCAUCCUUUGUUACGAGAUCAACAAAAUGCAGAUAUUCAUUUACGUAAAGUAAAAGUCGGCAAUUGGUGGGCUGACAAAAAAAUUAGAGAGAAUAUACAAUGUGGACAAAUCAAAUUAUCCCUUCAUUAUACCCGUGGCACUUUAUCGGUAAUGGUUUAUCAUGCUAGAGGUUUGCCUAAAGUUGCUAAUAAUCAAGAACCAAAUACAUACGUCAAAGUUUAUCUCAAACCUGAUCCUACAAAAGCCACUAAACGUAAAACUAAGGUUGUUAAAAAGAGUUGUUAUCCUUCAUUCAUGGAAAUGCUCGAGUAUCGAAUGCCACUUGACGUUAUCAAAGAAAGAGCCUUAGAAGCAACGAUUUGGAAUCACGAUACUCUACAAGAAAAUGAAUUUCUUGGUGGUAUUAAAUUACCACUCAAUCGGUUGGAUUUAAUGAACGAAAUAAUCGAAUGGUUUCCAUUGGGUAGUAUUCGGUAAAAAGGAAAUAGGAAGACUGUGUUAAUAAUAUAUCUGAAUGCUCAUAACUAAUAGGAUUAUUCAAAAUGCUAUUAUCUUAUAUCGCACAAAAGGCGUUGCUUUCUCAAAAUAUUCUGCUAUCGUGACUAAAGGGUUAAGGAUGAUUAAUGUUCUAAUCAAAAUAUUUAUACCAACGAAGUAUAAUAUAAUAGGCACUCAUCAAUCGUUUCUCUCGUCAUAUAUCGCGAAAUUUUCUAAUUAAUAUUAAUAUUAAAGUAUAAACAAAAA